AUGAGCCAUACGUUUCCGAACCGAGGGAGUAGUAUCCCGUACACAUUCAACCCUGGAAGCAAUGCGACUGUCGACAUAACCAGCGUACCCGAAAUAGGUGGCCCUACGAAGGACAGGUUGGUCGUCGGCGUUGAUUUUGGAACCACCUACAGCGGUGUGGCUGCUGUAUAUAGUGCAACCCCUGAUGACAUCGACAUCAUCAAGACAUGGCCUGGAGGGAACGGCAUCACUUCCGACAAAGUACCCACAGAGAUUGGUUACAGCGAAUCACCCCCCGCCAACAGCUCGACCUCCUCGCUCGAUGCGUCCGCGAAACCCGCGCAGAACAUAAAAUGGGGCUUUCAAUUCAAGCCAGAGGAGACGCGUCUCCGUUGCAUAAAGCUAUUUCUCGAUAGGAAUCAGAAACUGCCACAUUUUGUAUCACCGCUCGAAACUGCUGCGCAAUUGCGCAAGUUUGAGAAGACGGUUAUGGAAGCAGUUUCCGACUACCUAUCGCAGAUAUACAAGCAUACGAUGGAAACAUUGACACGGAGAUACGGAGAGACGUUUAUCAGUUUGACCAAGGUUGAAUUCGUCUUGACAGUACCUGCUGUUUGGUCAGACUCAGCCAAAGAUGCGACGCUCAAGGCUGCGGAGAAAGCUGGCAUGGGCAACAGACAUGAACUGAAGCUCAUAUCAGAACCCGAGGCCGCAGCGGUUUAUACCCUCAAGGCGAUACAACCAAACCAUCUCAAGAUCGGAGACAAUUUCAUUGUUUGUGAUGCUGGAGGUGGCACUGUUGACUUGAUAGCCUACAAGAUUACCCAACUCCAUCCUCUGCGUGUUGAAGAAUCGGCAGUCGGGACUGGCGGCCUUUGCGGCUCGACGUUUAUCAACUACCGAUUCGAAGACCAUGUCAAGCAGCGCAUUGGCACCGAACGUUACAAUUGGAUGCGCGAGAAGAAGGUGAAGACUUGGAAUAUGGGCCUGAAGUAUUUUGAGGAAUUUGUGAAGCGCAACUUCAACGAGGAGGAACACAAUGAGGUCAACAUACCUUUUCCGGGGCUGCCAGACGAUGAGGAAGCAGGAUUAGACUCUGGGUUCCUUGUCAUGAGCGCAGAGCAGGUCAAAGAAUUAUUUGAUCCAGUAGUCCAAGAGGUCAUUGAUCUAGUAGAAGGUCAGGUUCACAGUAUAAGAGCGAAAGGAGGUUUGGUGUGUGGCAUUGUCUUGGUUGGAGGCUUCGGACAGAGCAAUUACCUCUACGGUCGAAUGAAGUCUCACUUCAAUAGCGCGCCCCCGCCUCCGUACACAGAAAGACCCACGCACGCUGUCGCAUUGAACGCCUCGCAGGCAGUCGAGAUAUACCAUCCCAUACACGCAUGGACGGCGGUAGUACGAGGCGCAGUACUGCGCGGGUUGGAAGGCAAUAUGGUCAUUAGCAGAAGAAGUCGAUGGCAUUACGGAACCAGCUACGCGACAGUAUUCGACGAGGUAAAGCACCCCAUUUCCGAUCGAUAUUGGAGUCCGCUUUGGGAGCGAUGGAUGGUGUCUGAUCGCAUGCAGUGGCACAUCGCAAAGGGCGCACAAGUGUCGGAAAACCGACCCAUAUCCUUCCACUACACGCGCAACUUUCGCCCUGGCCAAUCUCUCAUCGUAGAGGACGACCUCAUAGCCUGCGACUCUGACACGGCUCCUGACUCCUUCAAGAAGGGUCUCAUCAACGUUUGUACACUUACUACCGACCUGAACACGGUGCCAAAGAGCUUGUUCACGCGGUUGACGACGACAAAAGGAGUGGAGUUUGAUAAUUUAGACUUCACACUGGAUAUGCGGUGUGAGAGUGCGGGUUUGGUGUUUGAAUUGAAGGUUGAUGGAGUGAGGUAUGGAGGGGUCAGUGCGAAAUUCCAUUAA